AUGCAUUAUUCUCCAUUAGUUGAAACAGAUUCUACUUUCCAUCAUUCAAACACGACUAUUGAUUCAAUUGAUAAUAAUCAUCAUAUUCGAACUGAUCGUAAUGAUUAUUUAUGUCGUAUGUGCAAAAAUCAAUUAAUUAAAAAACAACAAACUAAUCAUACACCAAUUGAAUGUCUUAGUCAACGAUGUGAAUUAUUAGAAGAUGAAGUUGUUCAACUUAAAGAUCGUGAUAUGAAAUCACGUUUACAAAUAAAACAACUUGAAAAUAAAAUAAUGGCAUUAGAAGAUGCAAUAAAAGGAUUGACAACACCAAAAGAACCACUUGCAACUCCGUUUAGUUUGGGUGUAGCACACAAACUUCGACAACAAUUGAAUAAAUCAAAUUCUGAAGAGAAACCUGCAAGUAAAUCAGAUAUCAACUAUGAUCAUAUUUUACAACCAAAGAAGACAAAUAGUCGAGAACGUGUCGGACUUUUUGGAAGUCUUGGUGCAUCAUCUCAACAGCGUUAA